AUGGCUGGCAAUUUGGAGUCAGUUUUGUCAAGUUCUGGUUUUCAACCAGAAAAGUAUGUAAAAGAGAUAGCCCAAGGAGGUGAUACAGCAGAAGAUCUGUUUCAUGCCAAGAAGCAAGUACAAAUCAUUGCAGAUGAAACAUCGAAAUCAUUGAAGAAUAAUGUGUACAGAAACUAUACACAGUUUAUUGACACAGCAAGAGAGAUAUCUUACCUAGAACAGGAAAUGUAUCAACUUAGCCAUCAGCUUACAGAACAGAAGACUCUUAUCUCUACACUAUCAGAGAUGUCUAUUACAAGUGAAAAGGUGGAGUCAAAGAAAGACGAAGCAGAGGAGAGUAAGGAGGAGCAAGAACAUAAGACUCCACAACAUGGUCUGAUGAGAAUUCUGGAGAAGGUAGAAGGAUGUUCUAGCAUAACAGAGGUACCUGGCAGAACACUUGUCCAUGAAGGGGAUCUUGUUGAAUUGGACACAGACUCGUUGGCACCAUUGCAGCGGGUACACGCUUUUCUGCUCAAUGACUGUCUGAUGAUAGCAAACUGGAUGACAACAAGACGUGGCCCGCUAAGAUACAAAUUCCAGUCUCUGUAUGUUCUGGAUGAGAGUUUAGCUGUUGUCAAUGUCAGAGAUGUCGGGUCUGCAAAGAAUGCAUUUAAGAUUCUAAAGUUUCCAAAUGCACAUUUGUAUCAGUGUGACUCACCAAAGGCAAAGAAAACCUGGUAUGAUAAACUGGAGGAGACAAAGAAAGCCAAGUUGCACAAGGCAACUGCACAGAAGAAGGAAUUGACACCUGAAGCUGCUAGUCCAUUUAUGGAGAAGCCUCCCAUCAAUCCUUUUGGGGAUGAAGAAGACGAAAUAUCACAGCCAGUAGAUGAAGCACCUGACCUGCUUGAAAGUGAUUGGCUGAAGGAGGUUCCUGAUGACUUGGAUGUGUGUAUUGCCCAGAGAGACUUUGAUGGUGCUGUUGAUCUCAUUGACAAAACUAAUGAACACCUAGAGAAGUGUCCUAGAACUCCAGCACUAAAAGAAUACAGGUUGAAGUUGGACGUCCGGCUGAAGCAGCUCGGAGAGGUUCUCAUACAGGAGCUGCGUGUGUCAGCGGGCACCAAGCUGCAGGGAGGCCCGCGAGCGGCGAGGCGCGCUGUCCGCCAUCUUAUCAGGCUCGGCAAGUCUGCACAGGCAUCCAACCUUUUUCUGAAGCAGAGAAGUAGCAUCCUAAGACACAGCAUGCAAGGGAUGAAGUUUGACCAGGGUGCAGCCGUGGCUUUUAUCAAGAGAUUGUGCAACAUAUUCUUCAACAAUGUCCAGUCCACCAUUACCGAUUUCACGAAGGCAUUUGCUAGAUCUACUGGGUGCUAUUCAGCCCUUACGGUGUGGUGCAUCUCCGAGUUUGACUACUUUAUGGUGACGUUUAACAAGGAAACUUUCACGGGGGAGAACACAAUGUCUGCCAUGGCUGAAUGCAUCGAUGUUACACACAAGCAUUGUGUAGAGCUGCAGGAUCAAGGGGUGGACCUCACGUAUGGUUUCUACUCACUCAUCACGGAUCAUGAGAAUGGCGUUCUGCUGCGGAGCAAGGAGAAGCUGAUGGAGGCUAACAAACGCAGUGCCGUGGAGGACACAUGGAAACCGAUGGACCUUCAAGACAAACCUAGUCUCGACAAGUUUCUAACUGAAAUGAGCAACAUUGGUGUUGCAAGCAUACACGCAUUCGUUUAUGACGACGUGUGUAUUUCGCUGACGAAGAACACGGUGCAGUUCAGUAAGAGCUACCUCGUCUACAUGGACGACGUACUGAAGAUGUACCAGCGCAUGAACCACGCCGCCGUUGUGCGCUGUCUCACUGACCUGCUCAAGGCCCAGCUGCUCUACAUAGAAGCCUCGCUCAAGUCCGAGAAAUACGCAAAGGAGCACAAGUUCAUUCUGAAGAACGCUCACUUCCUGCUGGAGACAGUGCUGACGCUGGCCGAGCGCAGGUUCGAGCAGAGUGUCGGCCAUCCCUGCGACAAGCUAGCACACAUGCACCGCGAGAUGAGCCGGCUCAAGGGUGUCGCCAAGCACACCACUGUCGCCUACGUGUGAUGCACCCCACACACCCACCCCGCCCAUGUGCAGUGCAGCAGCGUGGCCUUGCACAGACGGGUACGAGAUGACCUGGGGGUGGUGGUGGGGCUUACAUGGGUAGAACAUGGAAGGAGUGUUAGGCUGGGGUUCACAUUGAGUGUGGCACUCAUACAGAAUGUGGCAUGGGUGCACUCAUACAGAAUGUGGCGUGGGUGGCACUCAUACAGAACGUGGCGUGGGUGGGCAUUGUACAGAACGUGGUAUGUACAGAAUGUAGCGUGGGUGGGCCUCAUACAGAAUGUGGCAUGGGUGGCCCUAAUACAGAAUGUGGCAUGUGUGGGCCUAAUACAGAACGUGGCUUGGUGGCGUGGGUGGGCCUAAUACUGAACCUGGCUUGGGUGGGCCUUGGACAGAACAUGGCAUGGGUGGGCUUUGUACAAAGUAUAGCAUGGGUGGGCCUAAUACAGAACGUGGCUUGGGUGGGCCUUGUGCCUUGUACAGAACGUAGCAUGGGUGGGCCUUGUACAGAAUGUGGCAUGGGUGGUGGGCUUUGUACAAAGUGUAGCAUGGGUGGGCCUAAUACAGAACGUGGCUUGGGUGGGCCUUGUACAGAACGUAGCAUGGGUGGGCCUUGUACAGAACGUGGCAUGGGUGGGCCUUGUGUAGAACGUAGCAUGGGUGUCAGGGUGGGGCUCAUUUAAGGCAAGGAACCUGGCCUGGUUGGGAUAGUGGGGCUCACACACAAGAAGUAUGUGGGAUGGGUGUUGGGGUGGGGCUCACACAAGGAAAGAACAUAACGUGUGUGUAAGGGUGGGGCUCACACAAGGAAAGAACAUAACGUGUGUGUAAGGGUGGGGCUCACACAAGGAAAGAACAUAACGUGUGUGUAAGGGUGGGGUUCACACAAGGAAAGAACAUAACAUGUGUGUAAGGGUGGGGCUUACACAAGGA